CCGGCGGGACGACACGUGACGUCAGACCACAACAGGAAGCCGGAGUCACGUUGCUGGCGAUGGCUCACCGGGCGACGGCGGGGCGGCGCUACCUGCGGGCGUUCGUCAGCGGCUUCUUCGUGGCCGUUCCCGUCACGGUCACCACGCUGGAUCGGUUGGCCUACGUGGCGCGAGUGGAGGGAGCGUCGAUGCAGCCCUUCCUGAACCCAGAGGGGGGGUCCGACUGCGACGUGGUCCUGCUGAACCGGUGGAGCGUGAGGAACUACGAGGUCCGGCGAGGCGACAUCGUCUCCGUCAUGUCCCCGAAGAAUCCCCAGCAGAAGAUCAUCAAGCGCGUUAUCGGCCUGGAGGGAGACUUCAUCAGAACUCUGGGCUACAAGAACCGAUACGUCCGAGUCCCCGACGGCCACUUCUGGAUCGAGGGCGAUCACCACGGACACAGUCUGGACAGCAACAGCUUCGGACCGGUGUCAGUGGGGCUGCUGCACGGCCGAGCCUCUCACAUCAUCUGGCCUCCCAAUCGUUGGCAGAGGAUCGAACCGUCUCUCCCGGUGAACCGAGGACCGCUGGACACGGAGGAAGAGGAGGAGGGAUGAAGAGUCACCAACACACACCUUUUGUCUUUUAAUGACU